CAAGCGAUGGCCAAGGCAUUGAAAGAGCACCGUUUUGACGACGCUUUGGAAAACGCUCGGACAGCCAUGGCUCUCGAACCAAAUAACGUGAUGAUCAAGGAAUUCGUGCGACUCUUGGAGGAAAAGCAAGCACUAGCUGAAACGGAUGACGACAGUGAUACAGAAGGUGCGACCACAGCACCUGCCGGAACGGCCGCUUCAGACGAAGAGAGCGAAGAUGAGGACGAGGACGGAACGGACGAGGGGGAGACGGAUGGGGAGGGGAGUGAAGAGAGCGAGGAAAGCGAGGAGGAUGACCCGGAGGUGCUGAACGCGCUAGAACGCCUGCGAUUAGCUGGGCCAGCCGACAUUGGCAAGCCUGGGCCUCGGCAGAUUACGCCCGCUAAGCGCUACGCCAUGCGUGCGUCUCUCCGCGCCAGUAUCAAGGAGCUGCUUUUGGCGGAGUUAGCCAAGGAGAUGGCAUUGGAGGACCCACUGCUGCGGAAGUGACAGCUGUCCUGACCUGACUUAUUGUGUGUCCCGCGGCCAUAGUCAUUGUCACGCUUUGAGCGCAUGAGAAGUGAGCAGGCAUAGGCGGCCUUAGUGCUUAGCCUCCGGGUUCGGUGGGCCGCGGAACGAAACUUUUAUCCAGUUCUGCUACACAAAAGAGGUUGGAAUAGCGCAAGCGGUUAUCGCGAUUUGGGGGCCUCCAGAUGAGGGGGCCAAGCCUAGGAUUCAAAAAGGGUCCUGACAGCGUGGCUUUCACUUGAUUUCACAGUGCAGCUUAGUAGUGGUGGUGGGAAGAUGGCAUGGGAUGGGGCCAAGCUGUAGCAGGUUGAAAGUGCUGCUCCUGCAGGAAGCUCCGGACGGGAGUUGCGAUCGCAGCCAUCUGGAGUGCGUGGCUAAGGGUUAUGGGAGGAGUGCGGAGGCUGUUCCCAUGGUUCCACGCUACUUGAACGAUGGCUGUUGCACGUGGGGCAAAGUAGAUUGUUUAAGAUCAGCAAAUAACCUGAAAGCUCACGGACUGUGGAGAUUGAUGGGGCCCCAUUUCGCCAAUGGGGUCGUGUUCGAGGGUUGAAGCAGAAGCUAUGAUGCUCUGCAUUGGGCCCAAACAUCCUGCUAUCAUUCAACCAAGAUUUUUGCUGUCGACAGUCACGAGCAGGCCAUUUUAAACUCCACGGGAAGG